GCCGCCAGCGGUGCCCCGCUGGAGGAUGGAAAGCGAGGGCGACAGUUGUUCAUGGGGAAGGAGCAAAGAGCCUGAGGUCGUCCGCGAAAAACGUCUGUUUAAGUCCAGGUUGCCGGAGUGCCUCGUCCAGGUGGCGUGCGGACACCAGCACUGCACCUUCCCUCUGAAUCGCAACGAGCUGUGCGUCUGGAAUACAGCUGGCAGCCCUGCUGCACAGAAUGAAGCUAUACUAGUUAAAUUGAAUGGCCACCUGGCUCCAGUGACUGCUGCUGAGUUUUGCACAUGGCAGAAAAAUAUGGUUAUAUCGGUGUCUGAAGACAGAAGCUUCAAGGUAUGGGACUAUUCUACUAGAUUGUUAAUGUAUCAGUCAGGGAUAUUAACAGGUGAAAGGCAAAAUGCUUCUGCGCUUUGCAAAACAAACAGCAUGAAACCAGAGGGGUCAGUGGAAGCAUCAUUGCCUGUUCUCCUAAUUGAACACUGUGACUAUUCAGUACGUUUCCACAAUGAAGAAAAUAUAUGCUGUGCCCAGAAUAGAAGCUAUUUUUGGAUAGGAACCUCUACUGGCUUAUCAUUAAUAAAUUUAGCAAACUUGGAACUGGAAGCGUUUUUAUGUUACAAAGAUUACAGUGGCCUCAGCAUUCAAUUUGCUAGAUGGUGUUCAUUAAUGAAGAAAGCAGUUAAUGGAAAGGUUUUAUGCUUGAUCACUUCAAUGUUUGAAGACAUCAUUGCUGUGUUGGAAGUUAACCCUGCUUUGUUGGUGACAUCUCAGCAGAGUGGUGUUCUUAAAAGUGGAAAUGAAGGGAGUCUAUCAGUCAUUGCCAGGUGUUCUCUGUUGCCAACAUCUCCAUUGUGUGAAAAUUUAAAUAAAAAUAAAAAACGUCUGAGUAAAACACAUGGAGUGAAAAGCACCGUGAAAGAUCAACCACUGGGUUUUCAUGAUAAAAUUAAGUCAUCGGGUUAUACAGCUGCACCACAAAUGGCCAUGUUUUCUUCAAAUACUAAACUGAAGAAAAAUAAUGUAUCAAAGUGCAAGACCAGUUUUAAAGGGUAGGUAAUAAAGCAACUGCUUUAGAGGAGGAACAAAUUUAAAUGAAUUCUAUCAUAAAUAUGUUUUAUAACUGCUUCUCUUAUAACUUUAGUUAGGAGCAUCUAUGGAACUAAAACACACUGUAAAUUUGCUGUAAAAUGAUUGUAGCAAGUGAUUCAGAUCUUCAUCUGCAAUUCUAAUAAGAAAAAUAGCUGAAUGUGACACAGUGAGUUUUCAUGAUUUCAUAUCAUAUGCCUCAUUUACUUCUAAAGUUGUGUUGUCUCGAGCCUAAUCAAGUUUAGUGUAAUGGAGUUAAAUAGAAUAUACAUGAAAAGGUUGCCCAGAGAGGCUACUGAGAUACGGAGAUAUUCAGGACCUGUCUGGAUGCCUACCUAUGCAAUCUAUUGUAGGGCACCUGCAUUAGCAGGGGAAUUGGACUCAAUCUUUUGAGGUCUCUUCCAACCCCUGCAAUUCUGUGAUGAUUGAUUUGAUCAGUGAAUUCAUAGUCAUUGUGGACACAAGAGCUAAUGUUUUUAAGAAGCUGGCAUUUUUUUGUUAAUUGAUGUGGUAUGUUACAUGGGAAUAUUAC